AUGGACAUAACGAGACACAGACCUACAAAGUCAAAGGACCUCCACCUGAGGAUGGUGCUGCUUGGGAAAGCUGGAGUAGGGAAGAGUGCAGCGGGAAACACCAUCUUAGGAAGAGAAGCUUUUCAGUCUUUUUCUUCUUUUUCUUCUGUAACAUUGGAGUGUCAGCAAGAAACAGCCCAGGUGGAUGGUCAUACACUGACUGUAGUUGACACUCCAGGUCUGUUUGACACCACCCUGUCUGUAGAUGAGGUGGUUACACAGAUUGUUAGAUGCAUCACCUUUGCUGCUCCUGGUCCUCACGUGUUCCUGGUUGUGAUCCAGUCGACCAGAUUCACAAGCGAAGAAGAAGAAACGAUUAAAAUUCUUCAGAAGAUAUUUGGAGAAGAUGCAGCACGUUAUAUUAUGGUCUUGUUCACGUAUGGAGACAACCUGCAAAAUGGAGUCGACAUCCACAGCUCAAUCAGUGGAAAUCGGCCUCUGCAUCACUUCAUCAAUCAGUGCGAAGGAAGAUAUCAUGUUUUUAACAACAAGAGUGAGGAUCGCUCUCAGGUCAAAGAGCUGCUGGAGAAGAUCAACACCAUGGUUCAGAGAAAUGGAGCAACAUACUACACCAAUGACAUGCUGCAGGAAGCUGAGAAAGCCAUCAGAGAAGAGAUGGAACGACUUCGGAGAGAAAAUCCAAAGAUAGCAGAAGAAGAAGCAAGAAGACGGGCGGAGAGGAAGAACAAGUUCCUGAAGGCUGCUGGGAUAGGAGCAGGUGUUGGAUUAAUAUUAGGACCAGUGGGAUCAGCCCUGGGAGCAGCAGUGGCAGUUGCGGUUGAAGCAGUGAAACAAGGAGAAUGCGUUAUACUGUAA